AUGGGGUCCAAUUUCCACGCCGUGUUCUAUGUCCUGGCGAUUGCGCUGGUGCUAUUCGAGACAUGCACCGCGAACCCGCUCCCACUCCCCCAGCCUGGAUCUCAAUGCAUUGUUGGGUAUUGUCCAAAGUACUUUGCGAACUUCCCGCCGCGGGGGAGGAGGGCGCCGUCGCCUACGAUCGAGUUCAAGACGAACGCCCAGCGCCUCGCGGGUGGGAUCCCGCUCAACCCGCCCAUCUUCCGUAUGAAGAACGCCCCGCUGUGGAACCGCUCCCCUGCGCCCGCGUCACCUCCCCAACCGCGCGCGUCGCCUGAUUCAGCGCGCAUUUCAACCAUCGAGCGCUGUGGUGUCGUCGCUCUCCGGGACGAUAACGAUAAAUUGGUUGGAUACGUUGGGAGCAACGCACCUGACUCUGCGUAUAUCCGCGUUCAAGAAGAUCUUUCGGACGCUGUGACGGUCUGCUUCACCACCCGCGUAGGCCGCGUGCGCGCGCGGAACGUGCCGUUCUUUUUGGCUAGUGAAUGGGAACUUCGCAGGGCGUUCCCUCUGCUUGGUUUGGUGCAAGGUGUGCAUAAUAAUGAUACUAAUAUUGGGCCUCAGUCUACACACUACCUUAUCUUUGGCGGUGUGGAGCUUCCUGGAACCCCACCAUUGACCCCUGCUGUCACUCUUAACAACAGUCUCUCGAACUUUACGAGCGUCGAAAGAGGAGUAGAAACUAGCGUGUGGAGCGUUAACACUGAGACAGGGAACAUGAUCGCUCAAUGGACGAAUGAGGACGGAAGUCAACCUGACACAUACAUAUAUUCGUUCAGAGGCAUCUUGUACGCUACAGGAGACCCCGAGGCUCUGCUUUCCUUCUUCCAAGGCGAGGCUACGCACCUUACCAUGAAAUUUAUCGAAACGUAA